AUGUCCUUCAACAACGCAAUUACCAAUAAUGCAACCAUUCAAGAUAAUACCCAACAGGUCUCAAACAAAGAACGUAACUUUGCUAAUAUCAAUGACACCUCCUUUAUUCUAGCAGAAGAGAUGGAUAAACUUCCCACUAAAAUUUAUAAGAAAAAUAUAAUUCCUAAUGAAACAUGCGAACAAAGACAAGAACAUGCCAUUAAAUAUAUUUACCCUAAUCACCAAACAAAACCUGAGGUUGAACUCCUUUUUGCAAAUAAACUUAAAGAUGUCAUUAAAGACAAAAAUGAAGAGACCAAAAAAAACUAUCACAACAAAACUUCUCUAAUAAAGGAAGAUUUCACCAAUGUAGCACACAAAGUUUAUGGUCCUACAACACAUCUAAUUGGAAAUGAAGCCAAAAUUUUCAACAGAAUGAGUCCCAACCUCAACCACAUCAAUAGAAAACGCAGUAGGGGCAAGACUAUGUCACUUUUAUUCGGUAUGGGUCAAAACAGUUGGCGACUCGUAGACACUAAAUAUAAUAAAGAAUGGAUACGAACCUAUAUAGCAAACUGUACCAUCAAGAAUACAUCAAACUCUAUCCAAUCAAAUGUAUUCAUAUCAGGAAAGAUCUGCACUAAAAUCAGAGAUCAAGAAUCUCUUGGUACAGAAGGUCAUAACCAAGAUUUCAUUGGACAAACCAUGCUUUUUAUCAAAACUUUUUUUGAUUUCCAAGAAGUCAGAAAAGCUACAAUCAGUUAUAGACUUGCGAUCCCUAAAUGCUUUCAUGCUACACCAAAAAUUCAAGAUAAAAGGCAUUAG